AUUGCGGGGGAAAUACAUUUCAAGAGCAACUAGGACGAUAAACUUGCGCACUCCAUUGGGACGGCUAAAAACUAUUCAAAAAGUAUACAUUAAUUUGGGAGGUUGGCCUAGCCCUAGGCUCCCCAAGUCAUUGUUUAGCAGGGUCAUUAGUCCCAUUUGACCAAAAUAUGAUAACGAUGUUUUAUACAAGCAAUAUCAAUAUUUGCACGCUUUUGAAUUCCCUCCCCUUUUAAAUAGCAUCAUCCCAACCUGUCAAUGUUGUUUGCUGCUUUCACUGGUGUUUAUACCACUGCUGUUAUUGAGCCUGAAAACAGACACUUACUGCCCCUCCUCUCCGCACCUCAUCGACCACCUCCCAAACGGCGCGGGCAAGCGAGCGGGGUCGGGAUUCGAACCAGACCAGUGGUGCUGAUGAACAGCUCCUCGACAGAGAGGAGUCGACACUGGACAGUCGGUGACAGAAGAGGGAGUUUUAAAAACGGUUUGAAAGGUGAAUGAAUGGACUCAAACUUAAAGUUGAAAAGAACACCUUUGGAUUCGUUCAGAAACAGGAGAUGAUACCACCCCCAGAAUGACAGCGAUUCUCAGAAAUUCUGGGAGUAACAUUAACGUUAAUCAUCACACCUCAUCACGUGAUUUCAGGCUACUGACCACUGAGCCGCCCCAACAGAGUGAGGAGCUGGGGGACCUGCAGUCUCUGUCCUGGCUAACCACCGUGGAUGUACCCAGGCUGCAGCAGAUGGCCACAGGCAGACUGGCCUUCAACAACGCAGGACCCCAGGGCAGCAUACUGGAACUACACACAGACCAGCAAAGCAACAUGAGUUCAGCACUAGGACAUAAUACCAUGGCCCCUCCACAUAGCAAUAUGCUAAACACUUAUAUUGGAAUGAACUACCUCAACAAUCAAAAUGGAAAUAUGGCAGGAUUGCCAGGAAGUGCUGUGCCUGCCUCAGAAUACCAGUCCUCCCCAGCCCACUACUUCCACUCCCCCCAGCAGGCCUACAGCCCAGCUCAGGCUGUGCAACAGCACUCCCCCAGCAGCCUGUACAACAGCACCUCCUACCAUAACCAGAACCUGUAUGAUCAGCAAGCAGCAGUCACGAGCUUCACCAACCCCCACAGCAACCAGGAUCUGCUACAACAACCCAAGGCCUUCCCUAAACCUAUCUACUCCUACAGCUGCCUGAUUGCUAUGGCCUUGAAGAACAGCCGGACAGGCAGCCUUCCUGUCAGUGAGAUCUACGGCUUCAUGAAGGAGCACUUCCCUUACUUCAAGACGGCGCCUGAUGGCUGGAAGAACUCUGUGAGACACAACCUGUCUCUGAACAAGUGCUUUGAGAAGGAGGAGAACAAGCAGGGAGGCUCCUCCUCUACCUCUCGUAAGGGCUGUCUGUGGGCCCUCAACCCAGCCAAGAUCAACAAGAUGGAGGAGGAGAUGCAGAAGUGGAAACGCAAGGACCUGACUGCCAUCCGCCACAGCAUGGCCAACCCAGAUGAGCUGGAUAGGCUGAUCACAGACCGACCGGACGGCUGCCAGAGAAAGGCCUGUGAACCCAGGAAGACAUGUGUCCUGUCCAUGCCCUGUGGUCCCCCGCUAUCUGGACAUCUGCAGUCCUCCCUCCCCUUCCACCUCCAGGCCCAGAAUCACACCCUCCUAGGAGAACCCAGCUCCCCUGUACACGCCCGGACCCCUCCCCUCCAUGCUGUCCCAGACUACUCCCACAGCCCCUUCCCCCAGCAGCAGCCCUACAGACACCCCUUUAGCCACAGCUUGUACAGCCUCCACCCAGACGUCACAGCCGAGGUGGACACUCUGGACUCCUGUGUCAUGGAGUUUGCCGGGAGCCUAUGGGAGGAGAUGAGGGAGGAGGGCUUCAGCCUGGAGUCUCUGGGUACCUUUAACCACUCUGACUGUGAGCUGACUGGCCCCAGCACUGGACAGACCCUGGUGGACCGACAGGUGUCCCCUCCCAGUACAUCACAACCACAAAGGCCAGGGGCCAGGCCAUCACCCAGCUCUGACUUUGACUGUGAAACACUGAUAUACAGUGUAUUAAACACUGAAAUACACCAGGACAGACUAUGGGAAGAUCAUUACUGUUGAAACUGAAAGUCCCUGCACCAACUGUAUGAGAAUCCUGAACUUUUCUGCACCUGACAGGAUGUCUCGCCCCUUUUAUGUCUGGUUUUUUUUGUGUGUUUUCUUUUCCUGAUUCCUGUUUAAACACCAAAGCGCGUAAGAAGCAGCCAAAAUCAACAAGCAUGGGCAUGUUUGAUUGCGUCUGUCAGCUUUUUGGAGUGAUGAGAAUGAAGUGUUUUUGUGUGUGUGGAUCUUCGGCGGUAAAAUGCAAUGCCACUUUAUUUCUACGAGAGCCGGAGUCGAUGUUUGUUUCUGUGAAGAUAUGUAGACGUUGUCGGGGAAACUAAUCUGUUAUCUAGGCUAUUCCUUAUGGAGGAAAAGUCUUACUGAUUUACUAGCUUGUGCAAACAAUAUUUUUUAUUUUACGGGAUUUCACUGUGGUACUGUAGCUUGAUAGGUUAUGUUUGUAGUACUAUAGUACUACUAGGUAGGCAUUAUCUCUGCAUUUUCUGUGUAUUUAUUUUGGUUCAUUUGUAUUUAUAUUUACUAUGCUCUGAGUAAAUGCUCCAAAUGACUCUUGA